CUGCAGUUGGAGAGACAAAUCCUGAUGCAGAAUCAGAUGCGGGAGAAGCAGAUGGCUAUGCAGAUUGCCUGGAGUCGGGAGUUUCUGAAAUAUUAUGGGACUUUUUUAGGAUUUGCAGCACUUGGAUUGACAGCAGGGGCUAUCAAAGGAAAGAAGCCAGCUUUAUUUGUCCCUCUUAUACCACUAGGAAUUGUUGGUGCAUACCAGUAUGAUAUGGCCUAUGGGACCCUAAUUCGAAGGAUGAAAGGUAGUGCCGAGAAUAUUAUUGAAAAUGAGUGCAAUUUGCUUGAGUUGCCACAAGGAUUGCCAACUUUUGAGUUAAUUGAAAAAGCUAGAAAAGCACAAAGAAAAUUCUUUAUAGAUCCAUCCAAGGAAAUAUAA